CAUGGUGCAUGGGGACAGACAGGUAGACACACAGACAGACAGACAUGUGUCCGUCAGUCUAGCGCUGCCAUGUGUUCUGGGCCUUCGGAAGCACCUCUCUGAGACAUCAACCCCCCACUGCCCCUCUCUCCUUGUAGGCCUCAGCCAGGCUGUCGAGAGUCGGCUGGCCCCUCUCCUGGAGGACCCCCUCUACAUCACUGCCACCACCCUGGACCCCCAGUUCAAGCUCACAUGGAGCAGCAACCCUGAUUGGCACAGACAAGUUCUCAUAGAGGAGUUAUCCAAACAUUCCACUGCCUCCGGCCCCACAGACCCCAGCACAGACCUACAUGCUCAAUCCCAGACCCCUCCUGCCCCAGCUCCAUCGCCGGUCUCCUCACUUUCACGGCCCUGUAAGCUGUUCUCUUUCAUCAAGCAGAGACCCACGGCACAGGCCAAGAGCCUAGAGCAGGAGUUGGCCGUCUACCUACGAGAGGAACCCACAGAUGAAGAGGCUUUGCAUUACUGGCGGCGUAAAGCCAUUGACUUUCCUCUGCUAGCCCAGGUGGCCAAGAGGGCGUUUACCAUACCUGCUUGUGGCACUGUGGUGGAGAGCAUUUUCACUACUGCUGGGCGCUUUCUGCGGCCAGAGAGAGGCCGCGUCUUACCAAAGAACCUGGAGACGCUUAUCUACCUCAAAGCCAACUACAGAUUAUUAUGGACUUAAAGCAAAGAGUCAAGCCUUUCUUUUAUCUAAAUGGCAACUUACGGCUUUAUACCUGCAGUAAAGUUACUUAUUGGAUACUAACAUCUGUCUCACUCUAAAGAAACUGAGCUAGCAACAUAAAACAGUCCUCAUACUACAUUUGACAUGAGAUGGAAUGAAUAACCCAGAAUUUCAGAGCCAAGGCUUCAUGUCCAUUCUUAAGAAGGGUUUUCCAGACUGCAGUAGGUGCGGAUUGCUGUCUGUUUACCAUGUAGCCUGCAUACAGACUAUCAUACUGUGGACCGAGGGGACUAGAAGCAGAUCAAUACUAAAGUAUUUACUUUGACAUUAUUUUGCCUGAACAGGGUCUCCAGACAACCACAAGACCACAAAGCCCCCAUUCUCUAUCCUCCCAUCCCCAAACACAGCUUGUGUAUGUACCAGCAGUGACAUACCAACAAUAACCAAAUGGUCACUUACCGCAUACUGUAGCAUAUUUAUUUUCACUGAUAUGCAUUAACCCUAUAGGUUGUGACUAAGGCAUUAGCUGCUAAAAAUAUGUCAAUGCAUCACCCACUUCUUUUUUCUCGUCUCUGUAUGUAGGCCUCAUCAUUGGGACAUCCUAAUAAACGAGUUUCACUUAUGAAAUGCAGUUGUGUGCAGUUUGCAGAUGGGAGUGCACUCAUGCAUGUGUGCACGUUACAAGUUUUUUUUUUGCAAUGGAGAAAUGCUGAAAUCUGCUUCAUAUAUCACAUACUUUUACCCUUAUUCAUUUAUAUUUUCCUUUGCUAGUCCUUUAUGACUGUACGUGUGCUCUUUUAGAGUAGAGGUCAAUUCCAUUUCAUUUACUUUUAUCAGCAACCCCCCUCUCCCUUUUUCAAUUUCAUGUCCAAUUGUACUUCUGAACUUUCAGGUACUGACCCUGCUUCUGCCUCAGAAAACUAGCAGAGGAUGCGUGCACGUGGCACAAAUAAGAGGCUUUUACUUCGUCUGACCUCACUGAAAUACUUUGAAACCGCUUUGCAGUGCAUCGCUUAGAAGGAUUGUUGCAGUGUGUGUGUUUGCCUUCAUUCAGGGACUCUUAUUACUCUGGGCUGGGCCAGUGGGGAGGCAGGGUAAUUGCAUGUAAUUCCAUUAUAGUUAAAUUUGAGUCAGCAGGAAGGCAGCAGUCACAUCCUACACGGCCCUUUUCUCCAAAGCCAACCAGGCUUAUACGAAUUACGAAAGUACAUAUAAAUAAAUGGAAAUAAAUGGAAAGCUAUAUGUAGUUACUGUACUUUUGUUCUAUAUCAGAAGGCCCCAACUGCUUCAAU